AUGCUGCAUGCUAGAUUAUGGAGGUUGGAAUCUUCUGGAGUGUUCUUGGUCAAAUCAUUUUCUGCCCACUUGAUUGCUAAUCCUUCCUCACCUAUUUUCCCUCCUUCUUGUGUAAUUGGGAAGGCUAAAGUACCCCCCAAGGGCAAUUAUAAUUCUUGCUAUGACUUUCUGGGGUCAGGGAUGAAUUUCUUUGGAGGAAGGAGGGGUGUAAUUCUGGGCUAUUGUGCAGUGAUGGCGCUGUUCUGUGUGGUGUGGGGAGAGAGGAAUAGAAGAAUUUUUGAGAAUUUGGAGGGGGAUGAGAUCGAAUCAGGUUUUGGACAUCGCUGUGGGCAUCUACAUACUCUGAAUUUAAGGGCACGAGCUUGA